CAUGAAGUUUACUUAGAACCUAAAAAUUAAAUUCCAAUAAGCAUACCCAAACAUGAGUUAAGUCUGUGUACAUUGAAUUAUAAAUGACUCAUUCUUUUAAAAGUGUUAGAAGAGGAAAAUUUUGUUCCCCUUUCUUUUGUGACCCCCUCCCUCCCUCCUUCCACCCCCACCCCCACACCUUCCCCUGCCACUUCCAAAACAACCAGCCAGCCAGCCAACCAACCAACCAGCCAGCCAGACAUUGGCUGCAACAGACAUUACAUAGAUACACCUCACUUAGUAGAACUGCAGACCUCUCUCCCAUAUAUAUAUCCACACAACAACACAGACCAAGCCACAUAUAACUCUGCUAGCACACAACAGCAGUCAGCAUUGACUGCACAACUCUACAGCAGGAUACAUGUCUCAUUUAACGACAAACUGCAAUGGAUUUAGUGACACAAUUGCAGAUUUUCUGAACCAUCACAUGAGGCCCUCUCUUUAAAAAUGAUCAACCACUGUUGCUUAGCAACAUUUUUCACUAGCGAUAUGUUGAUGCCGUUGAUUUUUCUCAUGAUCUUUAUAACAUCUUGUCUCUGUGUUGAUGUGACUUACCAUGUUGAAGAAGGUAAAAGAUCUAAUACUUAUAUUGGAGAUAUUGACAUCGAUACCCAUUUUGUAGAAACAUUUCCAGUCAAAGAUCGGAUAAGUUUCAGUCAAAUAAAACAUAAUUCUGACAUUCCUCAGUUAUUCAAUGUCACCAAAAGAGGAAAACUAUACACCACACAGACUCUAGAUGCAGAGACACUUUGUAGCUACAAUAAAGAAUGCUUUAGAAUGCUUGAUGUUGCUGUGCAAAGAGAAAAAUUUUUCAUUAAAAUAUUAGAAAUCAAGGUAAUUAUAGAAGAUAUCAAUGACCAUCGGCCUGAAUUUCCUAAAAGACUAAUUCAGCUUCAAUUCUCUGAAGGGGAUCGAAAAGGAAUGACUAAAUCAAUUUCUAAUGCUAUUGACAAUGAUGUUGGCUUAUUGAACUCCCAGAUCAACUAUGAAUUAAUAAAAAAUCAUGAUGAUCCGUUUUCACUUGCUGUUUCGAAAAGGGUUGAUGGUUCUUAUUCCCUUGGAAUCACUUUAGAAAAUAAGUUAGACAGAGAGAUACAAGAGACCUAUAUGUUAGAAGUCAUUGCUAAAGAUGCAGGUUUUCCACAGAACCAAGGCACAUUACAAGUUGAAAUAUCUGUAGGAGAUAUAAAUGAUAAUUCUCCAGUAUUCUCUCAAAAUCUCUAUAAUGUUACCAUUAACAACCGACACCAACUAGAUAGACCAAUUGCAAUGAUUGUUGCAACAGACAUGGAUUCUGGUAAAAACAGCAAGGUUCAGUAUUAUUUUAGUUCUAAAACUUCUGAACUGGUUAAAACAUACUUCAGAUUAAAUGAAAUUACUGGAGAAAUUUUUCUUAAUGAACAAUACAAUCAGGAAAAGAGAAAAAGAUUUAAGUUAUUUAUUGAAGCCAGGGAUGAAGGUAGCCCACCUUUGAGUUCAAUUGUUGUUAUACUUGUAAAUAUUAUCAAUCAACAGAACAAUGCACCUACUAUUGAUAUGAAUUUCUUCUCAGAGUCAUCAGGAAGCACUGCCAUGAUUUCUGAAGAUAUACAAGUUGGCAACUUUAUAGCUUAUCUGAAAAUUAUUGAUAAUGACAUUGGAGAAAAUGGAGAGAUCAGCUGUAAUCUUGACAGUGAUAAAUUUCAACUACAGAGUCGAGGAAUAAAGAAAUAUAAAGUGGUUAUAAAAAAUCGUGUUGACAGAGAGAUUGAGAAAUAUAUAAAUUUUACUAUAACUUGUCAAGACAAAGGAUCUCCUCCGCUGAAAACAGAAAGAAAGUUCUCCAUUCAAGUGAUAGAUGUCAAUGAUGUACAACCACAAUUCACAAAAGAUACUUUUAAAUUUCUAACUUAUGAGAAUGAAAGGCCAAAUUUUCCUGUUGGCUUUGUUAAUGCUACUGAUCCUGAUUUGGGACCUGGAGGUCAUCUUACUUACACGAUAUUCAAAAGCAAUAGACAUUUUCUUCCUUUUGAAAUAUCUAAUUUUGGAUUUAUCUCUACUACAAAACUGUUGGACCGUGAACAGCAAGAAAUUUAUGAGUUCAAAGUUUUAGUCAAAGACAAUGGGGUACCGUCACUUAAUGAUACAGCAAAGGUUAUUGUGGAAAUUAUGGACGAAAAUGACAAUGCACCAUAUUUCAUCUUCCCCAGUGUUAACCCAUUCAGUCUUGAUGUUCACUACCACCCGCAGAGUAAAAGUGACAUUACAACAUUAAGAGCUGCAGACCGAGACAGUCGACAAAAUGCUUUUCUUAAAUAUGAACUUCGAGGAGGCAAUGCUAAAUAUUUAUUUGCCAUUAAUCCUUACACAGGAGUAUUGUCUUUCUCUCGGCCAGUUCAUCAAAAUGAUGCUGGGUCAUUUGAGCUUCAUUUGGCUGUCAAAGACAGUGGCACACCAAGCUUAUCAGCAACAACAACACUAUCUUUAACUCUAACUGUAAGUAAUACAACAGCUAAAUUAUUCACUGCUAUUGAUACACAGUCUGACAACAAAAUACAUAUUAAUUUAUUCAUCAUUAUCAUUGUUGCAGCAGUAGCAGUAUCUGUUGUACUUGUUGUGUCUAUAACAAUUUGCAUUGUGAAAGGCAGUAAUAAUAAAAAUUCUAAACUAAGACGUGGGACAAACAUGUCUUAUCGUAGUUCAGAAGAUAACCACCAAACUGAUUUAGGGGAGCCUAUGUCAUUUCAAUAUGAUGUCCCAGUGACAACACUUUCUGGUGAGGAAAGCAAAAUGCAACAACUUGUGAAUGCAAGGAGACAAAUAAAUCCUAACAGAGAAAGUUUGCAAACAGGAAUUCCUUGGCCGGCUACCACCGAAGAAACAUCACAAAUAUGUGUUCAAAUGAACACUGGUCUAUCUUCUUGUGAAAAAGCUAAAGAAAGAGCAAUCUGUGCCCCUUACCAUUACAGUGUGAUGUCCACAGUAUCUUGUGCUGAAGGUGGGUGUGGCUUGAGUGAAGGAAAUGCUGCAGUCUACGAAGAAGUUAAAGGCGCUAAGAUUUGCCAGCCAGAGCUGCUUCCGACUACAGGUAGGAGGUCUUUAAAACAAACACUCACUAGGGCAAAGAAUACUAGUGGUGGCACUACCAGAACUUCCUACAAAUAUAAAAUGGGUCAAAAUUCUCAUUGCAAUGAUAUUAUUGAUUUGAAAUCAUCUCAAGUCUGUAGUAAUGACACUAACACAAAACUACAGAUAUGGAAUCUACCAACAAGAAACAGUUUUACAUCAUAUUCCAAACCACUACCUGCUGUACCAAUUCACCAUAUUCCUAAAUCUUAAUGUAGGUACUUUCCCGCAGAGUGUUGGUUAACUUUAAAAUAGCAAAUCAAACAGUGACUGCCAAAGUGAAAGGAAAAAGAGUGUAAAAAUAAAAAAAGGUAAUUUUUCAUAUAGGAAAUCAAUCUUAAAAUGAAACAUACUUGAUAUUACAUUCAUACACGGAGAGCAAAAUUCAUCUAUGUGACACAUGGUGAUUGCCAAAGCAUUUUUUCAUUUAUAAAUUCCCCACUCCCUAUGUUAAAAAUACAACAUAAAAUGCAGACAAUAUUCUUGAAUCAAUAACAUAAUUUUAAAGUGCUACAUCAUAAUAUUUCUUUGAAAAAUUGGAAAUAAGAUUGUUCAAAUAAUUACUAUUUAGCAGUUUGUUUUUAAUUUGAUUUUGAUUCUUAAAGAUUGCUAAAAGUCAACUUAUUAAAAUAUAGAGUUAAAGUUAAAAGAAUGUUUUGGUUGAUUUGGUAAAAAAUAUAAAUAAAAAAAUGUAUCUGUUUGAAAUUUAAAAUAUUUUUAUUAAAUUGCUUACGAGGAAGGGCUAACUAUAAUUUUAAAUACUAGGUUAAGAAGCAUAGCAAGAAACAUAAUUAUUUUCUUAAUUCUAUCUCAAUAUUACAACACCAUAGUGAAAAGGGGCUCUACAUGAUUUUUCUCAAAAUAAUUCAACACAAUAAAACAUGACAGUUUGGUAAUACCUUACCAAACUGUCAUAUUUUAUAAUAUAUCUUAAAAGAAUGACAUUUGAUAAGCUUACCAUCAAUGCAUAGCUUGCUUUGAAUUUCCAACCAUUACCGAUAUUACAGGGAUAAAACCAGAUAUAAAACUGAACUAAAAACAAAACAAUGACUAUUCUUUAAUGUGAAAAUUCUUCAAUGUUAUAUUACAAUAGAUGUUAUUGCUGUCUUUUUUCUUCUUUUGCUUUCCUGGAUUUUUAUUUUCAUAUGACUGAUAUUCAAAUUGAAUAUAUUCUGUGAUUGUAUUUUUUUUUUCUCUAAAUUUGAUUUAAUGUUGCCAUUCUUUUGAUAUCAUUUACCAAACUACUCUUACUUCUGUUUGCAUAACAUCAUUUCUAGAUACUGAAUUUCUCUGUAGUUUAUUUUGAGAAACAAAUUUUUAGGAAAUUGCAAACCUUUCAUUUUUUUUACUUUGUACAUACCAAAUUCUUUUUGAAGCAAAUAUUAUUGUAUGUAUAUUUCUGUUUACAGAUAUCUAAUUUAUUUUCUAUUAAAACUUGUCAUCGACUAA